GACAGAUGAUCCAUAAGACUUGGCUACUGCCUAGUCUCCUGAUUCUAGGAAAUAUUUUACUGCUGUGUUUCACUGUCGUGACCCUUGAAAGACGAAAGCUGUGGAGGCUGCCGAAAAGAUUAGGACCCUACCAUGUUGCUUACCCUCAAAGAUACAAAUUCAUAAUUGAUCAACCAGAUAAAUGUGCACAGCAAAAUCCUUUCGUGGUGAUUAUUGUGCCUGUGGCGCCUAAUAACGUUGAUGCUCGCAAUGCUAUCCGAAUGUCAUGGGGACGUGACAAGCUUGUCCAGGAGAAAGUGGCGCUCGUUCUGUUUCUCCUCGGCUCACAUUAUGGAACCGAUGCGGACAGACUACAAGAACAACUCCGGAUUGAGAGCGAGCAGUACCAAGACCUGCUCCAGAGUAACUUUAAGGAUACCUAUAGGAAUCUAACCAUUAAAACAAUGGUAAUGAUGGAGUGGCUAAACAAGAAGUGUCCACAGGCGUCUUAUGCCGUGAAGGUGGAUGCAGACGUGCUCCUCAACAUUAGAAACCUUAUGAGCAUGCUAGUGAAUCUGAAUCCACUGCAAAGGAACUACAUCACUGGCCUGGUUUUGUUCGGCAACAGUGUCCUGCGAGAUCGAUCCAGCAAGUUUUAUAUCCCUCAUGAAGUCUACCCCAAAUCCAGAUAUCCUCCGUAUCCUCUGGGAAUGUGCUACAUCUUUUCUAUGGACCUACCAGAGAAGAUUGUACGUGCUUCGAUGCAUAUCAGACCUAUAUUUAUAGAGGAUGCAUAUGUUGGCAUGUGUCUGAAUCGUUUGGGUAUUAGACCUAAAAAACCACCAAAUAUUCAACAGUUUGUGGUUAAACCGCCUCAUUACAAUCGCUGUCUCUAUUCGAAACUAAUAGCAGUACUUACAAACAGCCCAACUAAGUUGGUUGCUUACUGGACAGAUAUCCACACCUCCAGGACACCAUGCUGA